AUGUCUUCGUCUGACACCGAGUUUCCAUCCAUCGCCGACCUCAAGCAUGCCGUCGAAAGCGGCCAGCGGAUCACGCCCGAAGACGUUUCGGUAAUCGGCCAACUCGAACGCGAAUUGAGCGGUUCUACGGGUCCGAUGCAGGAAACCGCACAAGCGCUUGUGGCGGGACAGAUGGAUUUUGAUGCGAAACUAGACGAGCUCGCAGUAAAGCCCCGGAGUCAUAUUACAAUGCAGGAUGCGCAGGAGAUUGAGGAUAUGGAGACUCGGGCAUUCAAUAAAGCCCCCGGGCCAGGCUCUAUUGCCAACCAAGUCAGGUCGAUCGCAGACAGGAAUGAGGUAAUGGGCCUUCCUCCAGUCUCGGCUGAUGCGCCGAUAGCCUUUGUGACAAAGGAUGAUGCGAGGGAGGCCCAGCAUGCGGAAGCGACGAUCUACGGGGGACAGAACCCUAAAGGUGGAAUGGCGGCCCAUAUGCAGAGCGCCGCGGAUAAGUUGGAGCGCGCUCGGCGUGACGGCUAG